GCAAUAUUUAAUUAGUUUGAUGAGAGAGUAGAUGUAAUGGGAAUGCCAUAUCCAUUGGGAGAAGGCAGAGAGAAAUUAAUACAACUUCUAACAAUAAUCUAAUAUGGAUUUAUUGCUGGUUUGAUUUUCUUUGACAAAUAAAUUAGUGAGAUGAGUAAUUUUUGGAGAAAUAAUAUAAGUCAAAGCAAAUUAAAAUAUGGGUUUUUAGGUUAUAUUGCUUUUAAUUUUAUUAUUACUUAACUAUCAUCAUCAGGAGCAUUUGAAAUAUUUAUUAAUGAUUAAUUAAUACAUUCUAAAAUCAACAGUGGUUAAAUGCCUUCUAUGGAUAUAAUAUUCAAAAUUAUUAGAGAAAGAUUAUAAUGA